GGGCUCCAGACCCUUCCCAGAUCCAUUCUCUUCCCUGGACACGCUCUAGCACUUUGAUGUCCUUGGCAUGAAAUAAAAUAAUAAUUUUCUAAUUCCCCUGUGAUAAAUCUAGAUUAGAUUGUUAAAAUCUAGAUUAGACUGAUAAAUUGAUUAGAUUUGAUUGUUAAAUCCUUGGCCAGAGAUGUUAUUUCUUCCCCUGCAGAGCAGCACCGUAUCAGUGUCCCAGAAGAGUCACAGACACCAUCCCCAGGACUCUGCCAGCAGAGGAGACAUCCUGAAAAUGGGAUAAUUUUCACCUGCCUCUCUCUGGAACAUCAUCUCCCUCUGGCUGUUAAGCACCAAAGACUCUUCCAGCACUACACCCAACCCCUGGAACUCCCCCUUCUCCUGGACAGACCUUUGGAAGGGUUCCCCAUAUUGUGCUGUGCAGUUCCAAUCCUGAUGCUCCAGAUCAGCAAACUGCUGACCAAGUGAAGUCUUCAGUGGCUUCUGGACACGGCUCUGGGUUUUGAAGCUUUAGGAAAUGCAUUUACCACGGAGGAGGCGGCUACGGAGGAACCGAAUCCUGUUCUUGCUUGCCAUAGUGUUGCUCCUCUCUUUCUACCAGCUCCAGUUCAGUCCUUCUGCCCUUCCAGCAUCACACAGAGCCCCCCAACCCACAGACCCUGUCAGAGUGAUCUCCAGGGACCUCCCCAGCAACAAGACUUCUCUAAGAGGCAAUGCCACAGCACCCAAAAUAAGGCACUGUAUCUACGUGGAUCCUGAGCCAGCUGUGCCCAUCACCACGUCAGUGGGUACAACACCACAGCAAGAAAAUGCCAGUGAAAGCUCUCCAGGAGAAAAACCACCCUAUGAGUCCAAAGGAGAAUAUCCCCAGGACCUGUUCAGUGUGGAAGAACGCAGGCAAGGGUGGGUUGUACUUCACAUCUUUGGCAUGAUGUAUGUAUUUGUGGCCUUGGCCAUAGUGUGUGAUGAGUAUUUUGUCCCUGCUUUGGGAGUGAUCACUGAGAAGCUGCAGAUCUCUGAAGAUGUGGCUGGAGCCACCUUCAUGGCAGCAGGUGGAUCAGCACCAGAACUCUUCACGUCCCUCAUAGGUGUCUUCAUCUCACACAGCAAUGUCGGCAUCGGUACCAUUGUGGGCUCAGCAGUGUUUAAUAUCCUCUUUGUCAUUGGCACCUGUGCCCUCUUCUCAAGGCAGAUACUCCACCUGACAUGGUGGCCCUUAUUUAGAGACAUCUCAUUCUACAUUGUAGACUUACUGAUGCUCAUCCUGUUUUUCCUAGACAGUGUCAUUGAUUGGUGGGAAAGCCUCCUUUUACUGACUGCCUAUGCCACAUAUGUGUUCACCAUGAAACAGAACGUGUUCCUAGAGCAAUGGGUGAAGCAGGAGCUGAAAAAGAAGCUAAAUGCUGUGCAGGCAGCAUCAGCAGAGCAUAUGGCGAAGCAGAGCACUGGGGCAGUUGUAGAUGAUGGAACAAUGAAGCCACCAGAUGUGAGGAAGCUGUAGCGUGGAGCAGCCCUGCAGCGGGGCAGCAGCUCAGCCUCCCUGCACAACUCCCAGAUGCGCAGCACCAUCGUCCAGCUCAUGAUCCACACCCUGGACCCCCUGGCAGAAGCAAAAUUUAAAGACAGGGUUGACAUCCUGAGCAACAUGGCCAAGGCCAAGGCUGAGACCCUGGAAGGACAAGGCUCCCAGGCAGAAGAAGAAAAGAAAGCAGCAAGCACCAUCCAGGUAACUCCUGGCAGUGACUCUGAGCCCAGCAAAGACACAGAGGAGGCAGAUGUGCCACAGGAUGGACAGCCACCAUCAAGCAGUGACACCUCAGACGACAGCAGCUCUGAGAGCCAGGACAGCGAUGGUGACAGCACAGAGGGUGAUGAAAACAAUGAGCCCUUAUCUCUGGAAUGGCCAGAAUCAAGGACAAAACAAGCAAUUUACCUUUUCCUCUUUCCCAUUGUCUUUCCUCUCUGGAGCACUCUGCCUGACGUCAGAAACCCAGAGUCAAAAAAAUUCUUUGUCAUCACAUUUUUUGGAUCCAUCCUCUGGAUUGCUGCAUUCUCUUAUCUCAUGGUGUGGUGGGCUCACCAGGUUGGUGAAACAAUUGGGAUCUCAGAGGAAAUUAUGGGGUUAACCAUACUGGCAGCAGGCACAUCCAUCCCUGACCUCAUCACCAGUGUCAUCGUGGCCCGGAAGGGCUUAGGGGACAUGGCUGUGUCCAGUUCUGUGGGCAGCAACAUCUUCGACAUCACUGUUGGCCUGCCAGUUCCUUGGUUCCUUUUUUCUAUCUUCAAUGGUCUCAGUCCUGUGGCAGUCAGCAGCAAUGGUUUGUUUUGUGCAAUUGUUCUCCUCUUCCUCAUGCUGCUGUUUGUGAUUCUCUCUAUUGCUGUCUGUAAAUGGAAAAUGAACAAACUACUGGGGCUCACCAUGUUUGCUCUUUACUUUGUGUUUCUGAUCAUCAGUGUGAUGUUAGAGGACAAGAUAAUAUCCUGCCCAGUAUCUGUAUGACAUAUGGACACUUCAAGAUGUGUGCAAGGAUCCAGCAACAUCAAAAGGGGGUUGAGGUAGCAGUUGUUCUACUGAAAAAAAGCAACCAGAAUUGUAACAAUCUUACUGAAAAUAAGGUAUCUUUAACAUGCUAAAACAUAAAUCAGUCUUAAGUGGUGUGUCAGCCUCUACUGUUUUUCUUUAGGAUCAGAACAGAUACUGAAAUGACCAAUAUUAAAUAAAACACAUUUAGGCACUUGUGGAAAGGCUGAUACAAUUUAGAUGCAUCAAAUUUUCACUAUGGCUGAUCCUCUCAAGGUAGAGGAGCUGAUUUUCACACAAAAUAUUUACUCAUUAUAAAUUUUUUUCAGGAAAACACUCCAAACUGGUCAGUGAACUGCUCAAACUCCCUGAAAUCAAUGAAUUUUAUUUCAGUGGGAAGACAAUCAGACUGAUGUGGCUGGGCCUUUAUGGAACUGCUCUGCUUAAAAUCCCUGUGUGGACACAGGCUGCAGCUCAAACUGCACUGAGCUCCUUUCAGAUCUGUACCUGAUCUUGCAAUGCAGUGACUAAAACUGUAAAGUGACACCAGUACCAGUGUGAUGGCACCUGGGUUUACAUCUUGCUGCAACAAGACUCAGGGGUUAGAACACCACAUUACCUCUAAUCAAAACUAAAGCAAUCAAAUACAACAAGGAGUUGAAUGCUGGGGGCUUGUUUUCAUCCAGACACUAAUCUCUGACAGCUACAGAUUAUUUAAGCAGCAAUAAUUCUUGUUAGCACUGACUUCUACAUAAACAAGAUGAAAAAACACCAGUGACAUCACCAUACCCGAGAGGUUUAUUGUUAACACCUCAUGGGAGCACACAAUGUGGUUAAGAGCUGCAGACAUUUCUGUCACUCUAAUCAAUCUAAUAAAAUGUUAAUGAAAAUAACCAGAAAGAUUUUAAGCUUUUUAUUGACUCACUGUAAAACUUCUUUUUUUGGAUGAGACAGAAAAAAACCUUAACAUUGUGAACAUUGACUUUGCAUAUUUUAAAGGAACUACAAACCAAAGCAAACAUCCAACAUACUGUUUUUUUGGUAAAUAAAAUUUAAACAUUACAUAUUUACAAAUCUACAACCAUUCAUUUAAAAAGUGCUGCUUGCAGACUAACAAAGUACCAUUUUUAAAUCCCAGUGAGAUAAUAUCCAGAAAUACCCCUCUCUAUUAUUACUAUUUGCAUCUCCCAUUUGUUACACUAAGAUUUUACAUGCAGGACUUUUCUCUUUCUUGGGAUACAAAUAAUUUAAUUUGCCAGUGGAAGUCAAAUUCAUAAGGCUGUAACUGUACCAACAGCAAACUUUCUCAAAUGGGACACAGCAGUGUCAGAGAAACAGCACAAUUUCUAUUCACAUUUCAGUAUUUCAUCUCCAAUAAUUAUUCCAGUGGAACCAUAAGUAAAGGAAAAUAUAUAUUGCACUGCAAAUGUAAAACCUUUGUUUAAGGUUUUGGAUAUUAGCAUUAUUUAGUACACAAAAGGAGAAAAUUCAUUUCAUACAAAAUUUUAAAUUGAAAAUAUGUCUCAAAUAUUUUAUUUAUUUAUCUUUGUGGUAUUGGAAAAUAUAGUCAAAUUGCUUUUCUAAUAAAGGACAGUGAUAUUUGAAAACUGUUUUAAUACUGAAUUGUAUGAUGCUUAAAAAUUGUCGACCUCAGGAUACAUUUGGAACAUUAUGACAUAAAUGAAGAAAAUUUCCCACUUAUAGUAUGUUAUUCCAACUCUAUUUUUAUAUAUUUCUACAGUGGACUGACUUGCAACAGACUUUAUAAAACAAUUCAUUAAGUAUAAUGAUUUUACUUGAUGAACUACUACAUGAUAGAGUAAUUUAAAAGCACACCCAAAUUAACACUGGCAACGCUUCAGGAGAGCCACGCCGGGGAUGCAGGAACAGAGGGAUUGUGUGAAGGCUGCACGGACAGCCCUGCUCCCAGGGCAGUACCCACUCCCUGACAGGGCUGGGGGAUGUUGGUAAGAAGUGAAACUGGUUGGGUUUAUAAGUCUGGAGGCAGUUGGAAGUCCUUAUAAGGAGGCUGGGACUAGGAUGGAGGAAGGGCCACGUGUGACGGUGUUGCCCCCACACCUGCGCCGUGUCCUGGGUUUGGGGAGCGGGCUCAGCUCUUCAGCCACCCCAGGAUGGGAGCGGGAAGCUGGGUCAUAGCUCAGCCCCUCUAACACCCCACAGCAGCUCUGGAAAAAGCACUUGCUCUCUCUCAUUUCAUGGCUUGAAGGUCCUAUAGAACAGUGGCUGUCCCAGUGGGAAACAGAACUGCAGGGAGCUGGGAACACGACUUUCCCCAGGGCACACCCAGCUAGGAGCCUAAGUACAGCAACUACUGGAGGCAAGAUUUCCAUGGUAAGUAAGCAGCAUUCCUACUGUACAGAGCAGAGCAGCCAUGCACACUAAGGGGUACUUACAGGGAAUGUGUUCAAAAAUAGCCUGUUUAUUUUACAAUAGUUCAGAGGAAUGAAGAGGGUAUCUCUACCAUGUACCUGGGUGAAAAAAGGAGCUCCAUUUCAUGCACAAAGGACACUGUACAAGCGUGGCAGUACAAAAGAGCAUCACAAAUUGUUAAAAUAAAUUAAAUGUGAAAGAUGUGGUAAGUGUAGCACUGCUAGCUCCACCUCAGGUUGGGGGAUACUUUCAAAAAGGUCAGCUACAUAAUUAGCAGCAUGUUAGAGAAGAGGCAUUACCCGAUGGGAGCUGUAUCCAAGACUACAUCCUGCAAUUAUCAUCAGCACAUACCUGCAGCUCUACAUGUUUAAAAUCCUUUCUUCUUAGGGCAGCUUCUUCUUACAACUCUACAGAGGUCUGGGAGGAGGUUACAGAGCUUCAUAGCAGCAUCACUUUUCAUUUAUGCCUCUAAGACUUGCUCUAUUUCACUUAAUAAAGUAUCUGUGAGCUUUAAGGUUUAUUACCUUCCUGCCUAAGUAUUGCUGGUUUAUGAUACUUGCUAAUCGAAGAUGUUUUUAAAAACGCCUACUGGUAGGCAGACUGCAAUAUAAAAUCUAAUGUAAUAGUUGAAUAUUUGGAAGUAUUAUAACAGCAACAACUUAAAUUAAAAAUAGAAAAUCAUUAAGAUUACUUAAAAUAAAACUAUUUGUUAAAGCAUGAUUUAAAAUUUGUUUAGGGUGUUUUAUACAGUUCAAUGUCUGUUUUCCCACCUCCAUGCAAGACUUCUGAUAUUUUCCCUGUAGCCUACCUUCUGGUGAGGAGUUGCUAUGUGACUGAGAGCACAGAACAUUUUUUAAAUGUCUAGAACAAGAAAACAAGAAGCAAAAGCCAUGACUCCACCACAAGGAUUGAUUUAGCAGUUUUCUUCUGAGGAAAAAAAAGUAGUUGUUUUGCCUGUGAAACAGAGACCAAACAUUCCAAGUAUAUUUAACUAAGCACAAUAUGCCCCAAUAAGUUACAUUCCCUGUAAUUCCCUGUAGCAAGUUUUCUGGAUGUACUUGAGUUAGAAGUUUUGGAUGGGCAUUAUGUGGUGUUGUACUGAGUGUUUCAAACACAACCACUGAGACUGUGAACCCUGCAUGUUCCUGGAGAACUCACUGCAGGCUGGCACAUCUGGAAUGAGGCCACACUAACAAAUGCCAGCAGCUGAGAUGGGCUGAUUCCAAAAUAAAAUCCAUAGGACUCUUCAAUGUGUUUUCCCUUUCCUACUAGGGAGUGGGGAGGGAAGGGAACAUGAGAGGAAGAGGAGAUUUCUAUAGAAGUGUUUCACAAAGACAUCAGUGUAUUCGUUAGAGUUUUGCAAAAUUUACCAUACCUUCCUUCUGACUGCUGUGGUAACAUGUUUUCCAAGUGUGCAUGAGAAAUCCUGGAUCUCCAGUACUGUCUAGGUGAAGGUUAACAUUUUCUAUUCUGCUUUAAAAACAAAUCACUCUUGAAAAAGUAACUGGACAAGUUACUAUAAAUAGCAGUGUACUGCAAAAAAAAUAAGCACUGUAUUGCUUCUGCAGCAAGUCCGUUUAAAAUUCACUCCAGUAAUUUAAAAAAA